UGAAGGAGCACAGGCUGGUGCCCAGUGAAGUGGAUUUUCCCCGACGUCUCAGUGUCUCCUCGCCAUGGCGACAGCCCUGCCGUUGUGCUACCACGGCGCCAUCAGCAAGAAGGAGUGUGAGGAUCUUCUGGGAAAGAAGAACAAGGACGGAGCUUAUCUGAUCCGAGCCAGUGAGACCAUCCAGGGAGCCUUGUGUCUGUGUGUCUAUAAAAAGAAGGUGGUGUAUACCUACAGACUGCUUCAUACAUGUACUGGACAGUACACUCUGCUGGCGGCAGGAGGCGUGCAGGAGAUAUUUUUUAAGACCUUGGAUGAUAUGAUUCAUCACUAUAAGAGGAAGAACCAGGGCCUGGCCAUGCACCUGAGACACUCUGUGAAAAGGAAGACGGCCAUGUUGAUCCGCCCCCUAAGACCGCCUGAAGACCCGGGUGAAGAAGAGUCUGCCCAUGCGAGUGUUUCGGACGCUGACUAUGUUGAGGUCCUCCCUGAAUGACUUCAACUUCAACACUUGAAAAAAGUGCAGAAGAUGUUUUGGGGAUAAACUGUCGUCACUUACAAAGAAUCACAGACAACAUGUGUGUCUCCUUGUUUAAGAUUCUACGUGAAGGGGGAAACGACUUCACGGCUCAUGACGUGAGAACAUUUGCAUCUGAAACAUGCAAAAUUACAUGUGUAUGGAAAUUCUUGACCUGAGCAACAGCGCCCCCUGCAGCCACUCCUGGGGAUUAAUCCUGUCGGUUUGGUGUGGUUUUCAUGGAGAGAAAAAACAAAGUCCCAUGAUCCUCUGCUUCCUGAACCUGAGGAGCUGCUGCUGUAACAAAUCCACCAAACUCUGUUCAGAGUUCUUCAUGUUUUAAAGUUUCCUGCUGGAGAUGAACUCUGGUUGUUAAUAACGUCUCAGUGUUUUGAACUGAUCACAGAUCAGCUUCACUCUUCAACUGUCUGGAGCUGAUGGUGACGGUUGAAGCUGUGACUCUCAGUCACUUCCUCUCUUCAGGAGAUCGAACCCACCCAGCAGAGUUUCAGAGAACAGACGCUCAGGGAGUGAAGGAGGAAACUUUCUCCGUGUUAAUAAAAUAAAAUCUAAAUGUUAUUUUCCACCUCAGUCAACAGCAACAAACAUCGACAGACGCUCAGGCCUCAGCUUCAGUUCUUUAUUUUUGUCUUUCAUUUGAGAGACUAACCACUUUAACCACUUUCAGUUCUUUGACUCACGGACACAAGCUGUUGUUCUGCAAAGAUGAAACUCAUGAAGACAGAAGGAGCUCCCAGAGUCACGUGUCCUCUACCCUGCACCACGGUAAUAAUU